AAUAAAAGUUGUUGAAGGAGGAAAGAGGAGCAGCAUAUUGACCUGACUUUACUCCGAUCUUAUCCCGUCUGUGGUUAUACCACCGGCCAAGCUUAUUCGCCUGCCCUUCUAUAAGACUCAGAAACACCACGGAUCUGAACGGAGCCGGAGCAGAGAAAUCGAAAAUGAUGUCAGACUAACCUGCGAGUUGCUGCUUAUGAGGUGGAGACGGUGCAAGAUCCUGCUCAUGGAGGAGGAUGAAGAUGAUGUAUUUGGGCCUGUCUCACAGUGCUGGCCUUCGUCCAACAGGGAGAUAAAGCAGGAGGACCACAGCACGCAGACCCCAGGGAGCCCCGUGGCCCGGCUAAAUGGCAUGCUGCCCUGCGGUGUGGCCGAUGAGCCCAGACGCCUCUUCUAUGGUAGCGCAGGAUUGCUAUUACUGACGCCGUCUGCUCGUACUGACCGCGUCGAGGGCGCCAUGUUUCCUGAGAACCAGCCUCACCGGCGGCCUGCACACAGCGUGGAGGCUCAGAUUGGCCAGAAACUCCAGAUGAUUGGAGACCAAUUCUAUCAAGAGCACAUGUUGCAACAUCAAAACCAAAGGAAUCAGUGGCCGUUUUGGUUGCGUCUGGCCUCAGCGUUGUACACGCUCCUGUUCAACGGCGAGCCAGCGGUUCACAGGAGGAGACCGGAGGAUCGCAGGUGAGAUGGCCACCGUGACACGAUCGUCCCCCUCCGCUCAUUGGCACUGUUCGACUUUCAACACGGGUUUUUAGAGGAAGAAAACAGGAAGGGAGACGAUCUCCGCGGGACGGGGACCUUCUUCUCUUUUUUCCCUCUUCCUUUCAAGAAGAUGCCAUGGUGUUAUCGAGAUUAUUUUUCAUACAAGACUUGUUGAGGAAUUUUUGUACAAUAUUUUCUGUCUUCGAAUUUUGCUUGCACUUCCGUACGUGUACAUAUUUUGAAUAAACCCUCAUCCUGGGAAUGCCUUAUCAUUUUCAGCCACUGCAGAAAGACUGAUAAAUGCUGAAUGUGGACUGAAGAAGACAAAAGUGGUGGUUUGGAAAGGGUUUUUUAUUUUCUUCUUCAAUUUCCUACACCUAAAAUCUUCCAGGACACCAAUCAGCGUGACUAAUCUCCAAAGAGUUUUGCACCUCUGUAUGUCUGCUUUUAUAGCAUUUUCUAAUAGUCUUUUUUUUUUUUUUUUUUUUUUUUUUUUUAAAUAUGCUUUUUCUCACAACAAGUAGUGGGAAUAGGAAGUAGACAAACCUCUACUACUUGAAUUUGGUGGGUCUCAUUGAUGAGCUUGUCAAUAAUCAGCAAGCGAGAUCACCAAAUAGCUAGAUGCCUAGAGGUGACGCGUGUCAUCAUCUCCAUUAAGCCUGAAGAACAAGAGUGCAGUGCCUAUUGUGAUAAACUUCCUCAGAUAUUCAGACAAGGUUUCAGUAAGCCUGAUUGCUUAGUUGCCUGUUUGCCUCCCGGUUGUCAAUGGAAAAUCACUGUGGGUUUUUAGUCUACAAGUUUAACACCAAAAAAACCUCAGUACUGAUUCUCACCAUAUGUUCAGGUUGUUAAAAAAAAAAAAAAAAAAAAAAAAUCACUGAUUUUUCUACUGAACGUUUUUACUUACCACUGGUCCUCUCUCUUGGCUGGAUGUUGAACAUCAUUGUGGCCACUCGUUUUCUCAGCCACAGAGCAAUACCGUUUUUGUCAAGUGGCUGCAUUUUUCCUCAGGAUACUCGGGUGUUUUUCUUUUUUUUUUCUUAUUCACAGAAUUUCAACUUGUAUUUGUGCUUUUUUUUUUAUAUACCUUCCAGAUGAUGGACAUUUCAGUGGGUUAAAUGUUUAUUUUUGUUUGUUGUUGUUGUGCUUUUUUUAUUAUAAUUAUAAUUUUUUUUUAAUAACCACUACUUUUGCCUAUUUUAGAUAAGGACCUUCUUCUGUAAAUUGUUAGUAAGAAUUUUUUAAAGACACUGAUUGAUUUGUAAUGCUGUUUUUUGUUGUUGUUGUUGUUGUUUUUCUUUUUGCUUGUAGAGCUUUUUAUUUUUUUAAGGAGUGAUGUAUAUGUUGUGAGACUCGGUUUUCCAAUUUUCAGGAUUUUUCUUCUUGUUACACAUACAUUGUUGGCCAAAAGUAUUGAGGCAAAAGUGAAAUUUAGUGAUUUAAUGACAUUCUCCAAAAAAGAUGUCUGCAGUACUCUGUUGUCACUUGCGCAAUCAAUCCCUUCUUGAUUUGCAUAAACAGUAAAGAAUUUCUUGACUGCUACUGCCCUCCUCACAAAUGCCCAACAGUUUUCCAUUGGGAUUAGGUCUGGUGAUGAUCCAGGCCAUGGCUCUAGACACUGAAUACCAUUAUCACAUACACACUUUUUCAGUUUAUUAGGACAACUUUUCAGCCGAAUAGGCUAGAACUAAUUAGAGAAAUCCCCUGUUUUGUGCACAGGGAGAACUAUAAUACAUGGCAUAUGUUGUCUUAAUACUUUUGGCCAUCCUGUAUAUUUAUACCAGAAAGUACAGGGUUAUGAUUAGAUUUGAUAUGAAGGGACCUACAAUAGUUUACUUUUAAAGCAUUAAACAAAAGCUCUAAAGUAAUUUUAGAGUCUAACUCAAAUUAGAAUUUGCAUUAUUGAUUUGCAUAUGUACUACUUUUACAAAAACAAACAAAAAAAAAGCUUAACUGUAUUAACUGCAGUCCUACGAUUACACAGGUACACAGGCAUGGUACAAAACGUUUCAAGUUCUUGUCAAUGAAUAGUGUUGCCAGCUGUGGGUGUGAGAGUGAGUGAGUGAGUGUGUGUUAAUGUGGGGCACAGGCUACUUUUCAAGCAUGGUGAAUGUCCAAAGAAAUGCUGACCGUUUGUUUCCUGCAGAACGUGAACGCUGAGCCAGUGACUGUAGCCCUCACAAGCCAGUAGCUAUCAUUCUCACGUGACCUAGUCUCCAUCUUUAUACCUUCACUCCUUGUUGGAUUUUUCUUUCUUUAAUUUGUAAUUUAUAUAUAUUGUCCUUUUUAUUUAUUUCUUUGUAUAUUGAUCAAGUGCUACUGUAUAGGUUGUGUGCAAUUUUUUUUUUGUCUGUUUUCCUGCCACUUUUGUUUUAGUCUUGGAUGUGUCUUGUGUAUUGUCUUGUUCCUCACCCUGUGAAUUAAUAGGGUGAAAGGGUUUUUGAAUCAUGUUUCAUUAUAACUUCCUGAAUUCCUUUUAACAUUACUUUUAAGGUUAUGAAAAGUAUACCAAGAGAAGUCCAUGGAGAAAUUAUAUUCUACAUUGUCCUACAAUACUGUAUUGUACAGAUUGGAGUGAUUUUUGUUUUUUUAUUUUAUGAACUAUGAAGGGAGAUGGAUUUAAACAAUUUUUUUUUAUACCAGCCAUUGUUUUGAAGGGAUCUGUUGUCCUCACGUCUUGGUUUCCUCUAAAGAACGUGAAUGGUAAUGACAAAAAAAUGGAAGGAAAUGUAACAUUACUCAGUAUACAGGAUUUCCCCAAAGUUUUUAUUCAUGCAUAAGGGAGAUUAACAUUCAUGUAUUGUCCGCUGGUAAUUUUGAAUUUCAAAUGCAUUCUUUUUUUUUAAAAUGAGCUUUAAAAAUGAACACAACAUGAACCAAGUAUGAAUAUGUUUGGAAGGCAUUUUACUAAAAACUGUUAAUCCCCCCUAUGUAUGAGGCCUUGUGGUACUUCCUGCUAUAUACAGUACCUACCAGACUGAAGAAAUGCAACAGCAUUGAAGGCAUGUGAAGGUACCACUUCUAGAUGGAUGACAAAUUAAAGAUAAAUUCAAAAGAGGCUCAGUUAUGCUCGUAAAGGAACAUUUGCUGGCCACUUGUCCCCUUAGAGGGGGUCACUGAGGAUCACUGGACGUGCUUUAUUUUCUGUUUUGGUGGCUUUUGGUCAGCUAUCACAUUUGAUUUGUCACCUCCCUAUCUUAUAUUGCAGUAAAUAUCAUUUCAACCUAUAAUUUUAAAAUCAUUUGAAACAGAAAUGUCCCCGAAAACAUGUUCUGCUCAUAAAGCGACAUAAUGGUGAAAGCUUGUGGUCACCAUUCUCUUUGACCUCAUUGCCAUGAUGCUCACUGUCGCCUACCAGGUUUAAAAACUUCUAAACCCUCCAAUAUGGUGUUAAAUCUGUAAAUAUUUCUCAUUGACGCAAACAGGGUAGGAAGAAUCAAUCAAGACACUGGGCCAUGUUAAUGAGUUAGCUCUCUUUUGUCACUGUAGCCACUAUUUUCUUGAUUUGCAUGCACUGGAAAUAAUUUUGUACCAUUUUUGUCCAAUUUCAUAGUUUUGUUCUUAUAUUCCAGUGUUCUACUAAGUUGCCUCUCCUGGUGGCAUUCUCCUAUAUUACUUCAGGUGACAGGCACAAGUAAUAUGUAAUUUUCCUUGUACUCAAAGGAUUGCAAGCACACCAUGGUGACCAGUAUUAGUUUAAUGAAGUGGUUUGUACAGAGGAAGGAUGAGGAGCUGAGGUCUCACCACCCCUAUCAGCUGUUCAAAGAAUUCAAGGGUUAAGAGAAUAUUGACCAGUCUCUUUGACCGAAACCAGCAGUAUCAUGAAAAGUAUUUUGAUUUCUAAUUUCCCCAAUUAGGUGUAGUAAUGUUUGAGGUAUUAAUUAUACUUGCAUCUGGGUUUUAAUUAAUCCAAUUUUGUUUUUCAUGUUAAAAGGAACAAUAAAAACAAACAAUUUCUAUCAAUUGGCAUUGGUAAUUAGAAACUUUUUUUUUUUUUUUAAUUGCCAGAAACCUGUUAUUAAUGCAGUUAUUGUAAAGUUUUAUUAUGGAGAUGCCUAAAAGCCUUUUAGUUAAAAAUAAAAAAAAACGUCUUGAGGCUCACAAUUCUCUGUAUACCAAGAAAUGGGACCCAGCGAAAUGUAGCAUUUGUUGUAAACAUUGAAAUGUGUGUCUUCGAGACUGUACUGUGCACUCUGGAACUUGUAGUUUUUUUAUGUUUUGAUACAGUAUAGAAGUUUUAGACAAUGUUAUAUAGUGCAAUAUGCUGUAUAUAAGAGCUUUGCUCUACAAAAACGAUUUCUGACUUUUUUUCAUUGGUACAUUUUUUUUUUUUUCAUUAAAAUUGUAUUAAAGCCUG